AUGAAGGUAGGGGGCAACGAAUCAGCGACAAAAUACUUCCAGUCACAUGGUGGCACGGCUGCCCUUGCAAGCAAAGACCCGAAGACCAAGUACACGUCCAACACAGCAGUAAAGUACAAGGAUGAGCUCAAAAGAAGAGCGGCGGCAGAUGCUAAAGAAUCCCCUGAAGAGGUCGUUGUCAGCGAUAUCGUAAUUUCUACACCCGCCGAAGAAUCUACGACUCCAGAAGGUAGCGACGACUUCUUCUCAUCAUGGGACAAACCGACUAUCAAGCGCCCCUCCAAUCCACCUUCGAGAACGCAGACGCCGCCAGUCGUCGGUCGAACCGCCUCUCCUUUCCUCAACGCAAAUGGCAAUGCGCAGCCUCGAUCCAAGUCACCUCUAAAAGAAGUCAUUAGUGAUGCUCAAGGCGCAACUCAGCAAGCGGUUCCAUCAGCCGCUAUUCGUAAACCCACGACUUCCACCGGACCACGGAAAGCGAAUAUUCUCGGCGCAAAGAGGGGACAGAAACUGGGUGCGAAGAAGAUAGGAGCGGGGGAGGCUGUAGACUUUGAAGAAGCUGAGCGAAAGGCAAAGGAAGAAGCUGAACGGAUAGCAAAGCUUGGGUAUGAUCCGGAGGCUGAAGAGGCUGAAGCUCAGAGUAAAAUGCGAUCCGCGAGCGUUAGUGAGAAGACAAAGAUAGCAGCACCGACACCUGUGAAUCCUGCACGGCCUAGCGGAACAUCAGGCAAAGGUCAUGAAAGAACGAAGAGUGAAAUGGAGCGGCUAGGCAUGGGGAUGGGACGACUUGGAUUUGGGCAAGUUGGCACCAGCAAGCCUACCGCAGCUGCUCCGAAGAAAAUGGGCUUUGGUGCUGUUGGUAGCAGCAAAGCAGUGGAAGAUGAUGACGAUGAACGCUACGCCCGCUCAAAAUUCGGCACUCAGAAAGGCAUAUCAAGCGACGAAUUUUUCGGUCGCAACAACUUCGACCCAAACGCUCAAACUGAAGCCAAAGAUCGGCUACAAGGCUUUGAAGGCGCUACAUCUAUUUCCAGCAAUGCGUAUUUUGGUCGUCCGGAGGAAGAUACACCCGAAGGUGGAGAGUACGGCAAUUAUGGUGACUUAGAGGGUGCGGCGAAAGACUUUGUGCGAAAGUUUGGUGUGACUGCUGGUGACGACUUGGAGAACCUCACGAGUAUGCUUGGCGAAGGUGCCACAAAGUUGCAAGCUUCUCCUCUGCGGUCUCGUCAAAUGUCUUCUUCAAACCCCUCAAUCGCAACCCUCAAACGCAUCUCCGCCCCGGAUCUCCGCACCCUCCUCCUCUCCCCCAAAGCCUCCACACUCUCCGUCAUCGACGUUCGUGACGACGACUACAUAGGGGGCCACAUAAGUAGCUCAAUCCACGCGCCUACCAACACCCAUGACCAUAAGAUUCCUGAGCUCGUUCGGAAACUAGCAGAUCAGGAGAUCGUGGUAUUUCACUGUGCACUUUCUCAGCAGAGGGGGCCGGGUGCUGCCCUGAGGUAUAUGCGGGAGCGGCAGGCGAGGGGUGAGAAAGGGGAACUGAGUGGUGGGGUUAUGACGGAGACGAAGAAGGGGGGUAAUGAGACGGUGGAGGUCAGCGAUCCGAAAAAGGGUGAGCAGGAGGUCUAUGUGCUUGAUAGGGGGUUUGUGGGAUGGGUGCAACAAGGGUAUGGGAGGGACCAGAAGUUGACGGAGGGGUUCCGUAAGGAGGUAUGGGAAGAUUACGAGUGA